AUGCUUGUGCCCAAGUACCGACGGGUACUGCUCAAAAUUAGCGGAGAAUCUCUGAAGGGUUCCGCCCCUACCGGCAUUGACCCCGACGCGCUGAACUACAUGGCACAGCAAAUCGGGGACGUUCACCAGAUGGGCAUUGAGUUGGCCAUUGUCAUCGGUGGUGGCAACAUCUGGCGAGGCGGCCAGGCCGAAAGGUGGGGCAUGGACCGGGCUACCGCCGACUAUUCCGGCAUGCUGGCCACCAUCAUGAAUGCCCUUGCGUUGCAGGACGCCCUGGAAAAGCGGGGCAUCAUUACCCGUACUCAAAGCGCCCUGCAGAUUCAGGCCGUUGCCGAACCCUACAUCCGCCGCCGCGCCAUGCGGCACCUGGAAAAGGGCCGCGUGGUGAUUUUCUCCGCCGGCACCGGCAACCCGUUUAUGACCACCGACACGGCAUCCGCCCUCCGUGCCCUGGAAAUUGGCGCCGAGGUCCUGUUGAUGGCCAAGAACAAUGUGGACGGAGUCUAUGACUCCAACCCCCACAUCAAUCCGGAUGCCAAGAGAUUUGUUAGCCUUGACUACCUUGAAGCCCUCAACCGGCGCCUUGAGGUUAUGGACUCCACCGCCGUUUCCCUGUGCAUGGAAAACAAGCUGCCCAUCGUGGUCUUCAACAUUUUUGAACAGGGUACCAUGCAAGGCAUCUUGAGCGGUGAUACCGUGGGAACAACCAUCGCCGCAACGGACUAG